GAACUUUAUUGAUCGAUAUCCCACAAUGCACCGCGCGUGUAACACCGAUUGCGGACAAAGGUUACAGUGUAAAUAAAUAGAACGGUGUGUGAAAACUGACAGUAUUGCAAUUUCUAACUAAAUUUCAAAGUUUGUGACAAUGGAUAGUAGUGAGAGGAAGAGGAAAAUAGGUGCAACAAAACAUUGCGCAUAUGGAACGUGUAAUAGUGACUCUAGAUAUCCGGACCGAGCUGAAAUGCGUGAUGUGUUUUUCAUCAGAUUUCCUAAGCCAGGAAAAGACUUCGAAAAAUGUCAGCGAUGGGUGAAGGCUUGUUGCAGGGUAGGAUUUGAUGAGACCUGGGUGAAGAAAGACACUUAUAUCUGCAGUCUACAUUUUGUAGGUGGAAAUGGGCCAACAGAUUUACACCCGGAUCCGAUCCCGGCUAACGCCACAAAAUAUGAUGUACAACGGAUUAAGAAGACACCACGAAGACGGAUACAAAGGCGUCUGGUAUUGAAAGAAUCACCAAACACUGUCCUUAAACAGACUAGGUCAGAUAAUAAUCAAGCAUCACAACAACCUUUCAACACACCGGAUGGCCAAGAGACAGAUGAUCAUGAUAUUGCGACAAUUCUGCUGUCAUUGAGUGAAAAGGUUGAUAACAAAGAGAACAUCCCAGACGAGGAAAAUGAGCAGCCAUACAAUAAUCCAUACAUGACUGACGCGCGGGUUUCCAGUGAAAUCUUUACCGCAAGAAAACUGUGUACAAAAAGUUCCCAGACGGAAGCAGGAAGUUCCCAAGAGAUAGCACUUCGAAUAAAGAACAAAAUUUUAGAGAAUGAAAAUGAAAACUUAAAGUCCAAACUUGAAAUUUCACAAACAUUAACAAAAGACACAAAUGUAAAGCGAACAGUACAAGUGCGUUGCGACUUCGAUUUUUCGGAACUAGAAAAUGAUGACAAAAAAAGCAGGUUUUUCACAGGAUUAACAUAUUUACAACUACUUCAGUUGUGGAAAUUUCUGGCACCAGCUCUGCCACACUUAAAAUAUUGGAAUCGCAAGUCAGUGAAUAAAGAGUCGCUUCUCAUCUCCCCAAAAAAUGCUUUUUUAAUGACAUUAAUGCGUUUGCAUAAUGGAUAUACAAAUCAGGAUUUAGCUUACAGAUUUGGAACAAGUGCUGCAAACGUUUCUCAGAUAAUUCUGACUUGGAUUCAGUUUUUAUACAAGCAGAUGUUACCGUUAAAAAAGUUCAUGUUUGCGGAUCGUGGAAGAAUCAGGGAAUUAAUGCCAGCUUGUUUUAAAAAGUACAAAAAUCUAAGAUGCAUAAUCGACUGCACAGAAUUUUUUUCCCAGAGACCAAGAAAUUUCCAACGACAAGGGAAUCUUUUCUCAUCUUACAAAUCUCAUACAACGUACAAAGUACUCGUUGCCAUUGCGCCUAAUGGUUCUAUAAUGUAUAAAGGAAUUUUCUGUUGAUAUAUCUACCUCCAU